GUCCGGCAUUCGUGGAUUGAUAAUGAAUUAAAACACACAUUUUUUAAUUAAGUGGGAACUCGCGUCUUACAAGUCAAUGUCGGGAUAAGCUCUGAAGCGUUUUAGCUCUCCGUGUAGAUUAUGGUCCAUCUGAAAAUAAACUUGAGCUCUUCUCAAUUAUAUGGGUUAUUUGUAAGUUACCGCCAGGAAAAGUUGCGUAAUUUUCGGCCUUGCUCUAAGUCAACAUUUUCGUCGCAGCCAAUACUUUUUAAUUCUCAACAUUGAUUCAGGCAGCACGAGAUAAUUCACAAGAAAGAACACACACCUAUAUUAGUACGUAAAAAACCUUACACAGAAAAGUUCAAGAUUGUCUCGUGGUGCAAAAAAGUUGAUUCGAGGCCAAGUUUUUGAAAUUCACUAGUGCUUGUAGAAUCGCUGCGGUGUCACAUUAUAUCUCUCAAAUUCCAGAGGAACCAUAAUAGUUGUGCUAAAAACCCUCCGAGAGUCCCAGCUGCUAAACAUUCUGGAACAACAUGGAAGACAUUUUGGAAUUGAAACCGGAAAUCAAACUUGAGAGUGAAAUUGACGUUAGUGAUCUCGAAGACUGUGCAGAGUCUAACACAGAUAUUUCAAAAAAUACAGAAGGAGUGUUUCAUAAUAUAAAAUCUGAUAUCAAUUUUGAGACGGAGCCUAUGAAGCGCGUCCCAGAAUGUAGCACAGCUUUUUCUGACGAAACUGGAGCUAAUAGUUUAUGUAUUUUACCGGAGAAGCCAGUCCCAGCUCUGGAAAGAAUGAACUUGGAAAUGGCGGCCACCGAUUCUUCUUCGAAAAAUGUCAUCCUAAACGAUGGUGUCACAAUGACAAAAUUUCAGGAAAUAAUGGAAAUAAAAAAGACGCAUAUCGUAAAUAAUCACUCACAAAAUCGAUCAUUUGUUUGCGGUCAUUGCUCAAGAAUCUUUAAGACCAAAAAAUUGUUAAGGAGACAUGUUACACGAACUCACAGUAAUGAUCGACCUUUUGUUCGUGGUCAAUGCUCAAGUAAAUUUAAGACGAAAGGGACUUUAAAAUGUCAUGUUAUGCAAAAGCAUGGUGAUGAUCGACCUUUUGUUUGUGGUCAAUGCUAUAGUAAAUUUAAGGCGAAAGGGACUUUAAAAUGUCAUGUUAUGCAAAAGCAUGGUGAUGAUCGACCUUUUGUAUGUGGUCAAUGCUCAAGUAAAUUUAAGGCGAAAGGGAUUUUGAAAUGUCAUGUUAUGCAAAAGCAUGGUGAUGAUCGACCUUUCGUUUGCGGCCAAUGCUCAUGCAAAUUUAAGACAAAGGGGACUUUAAAAGAGCAUGUCGUGGGAAUUCAUAGUGAUGAUCGACCUUUUGUUUGCGAUCAAUGCUCAAGUGAAUUUAAGACAAAAAGGACUUUAACACGUCAUUUCGUGGGAAUUCAUAGUGAUGAUCGACCUUUUGUUUGCGGCCAAUGCUCAUGCAAAUUUAAGACAAAGGGGACUUUAAAAGAGCAUGUCGUGGGAAUUCAUAGUGAUGAUCGACCUUUUGUUUGCGAUCAAUGCUCAAGUGAAUUUAAGACAAAGGGGAAUUUAAAACGUCAUGUCGUGGGAAUUCAUAGUGAUGAUCGACCUUUUGUUUGCGGCCAAUGCUCAUGCAAAUUUAAGACAAAGGGGACUUUAAAAGAUCAUGUCGUGGGAAUUCAUAGUGAUGAUCAACCUUACGUUUGCGACCAAUGUCCAAGCAAAUUUAAGAGAAGUGGACAUUUAAAACGUCAUGUUCAGGAAACCCACAUUAAUGAUCCACUUUUUAUUUGUUGUCAAUGCUCAAGAAAGUUUAAGAGAAAUGUAACUUUAAAACGACAUGUUAUAGAAUCCCAUGGUGAUGAUCUGGUUUUUAAAAAUGGUCAGAACUCAAACGAAUUUAAGACGACAAAAGUGACUUUAAAAUGUCAUAAUAUGCAAAAGCAUGGUGAUGAUCGAUCUUUCACUUGCGACCAAUGCCCGAGCAAAUUUAAGAGCAGCAAUAAUUUAAAACGUCAUGUUAAGGAAACCCACAUCGAGAAUUAACUUUUUGUUUGUGAUCAAUGCUCAAGAAAGUUCAAGAGAAGAAGAACUUUAAAAUGCCAUGUCAUGAAAACCCACGGCGAUGAUCCACUUUUUAUUUGUUAUCGGCGCUUAUUAAGCAAAUUUAAGACAGAAGGAACCUUAAAAUGUCAUAUUAUGCAAAAACACGGUGAUGAUUGACCGUUUUUUGCGACCAAUGCUCUAGCAAAUUUAAGAGAAGUGAAAUUUUAAAACGUCAUGUCAUGAAAACCCCCGGUGAUGAUCGAAUUUUUGUUUGUGGUCAAUGCUCAAGCAACUUUGAAACAACAGGAGUCAUUCUAUGCAAAGCCAUAGUAAUAAUGGACCACUAGACAAGGUACGAAUUUCAGCAUUCUGAUACAUGUUUCCUAACCAGAAUUUAUCGUGGAACACGAUUUGCGCAACGAAAAUUACUGAAAUCAA